GGCCGGGUGGAGGGGUUGCACUGCGGUAAUAUGGCUCUUCCUUAGCCAGCGGCGGUGGCAGGCGCGGGCGCGGAGCUGCCGGGGGCUCUCGGGCGGCCGGUCUCUAGGCUGCAGGGGCUCGGCGAAUCGCGGCUCGGGAGGCGGCGGCCGAUGCCGGAGGACUGCCCACCCGGCCGCUCGGCGGCCCAGCGGUCCAGAUGAGCUCCAGCGCCUCGCUCGGGGGCCCGGUGCCCCUGCCGCCCCCGGGCCCGUCUACCGCGCUGACACCGGGUGCCCCCGCGCGGGCCCUGCAUGUGGAGCUGCCUUCCCAGCAGCGGCGUCUUCGACAUCUCCGGAACAUUGCUGCUCGGAAUAUCGUCAGUAGAAAUGGCCAUCAGCUUCUUGAUACCUACUUCACUCUUCAUUUGUGUGAUAAUGAAAAGACGUAUAGAGAAUUUUAUAGAAGUGAAGUGAUUAAGAAUUCCUUGAAUCCGACGUGGAGGAGCCUUGACUUUGGAAUAAUGCCGGAGCGCCUGGAUACGUCUGUGUCCUGCUUUGUGGUGAAGAUUUGGGGUGGAAAGGAAGAUGCCUAUCAGCUGCUGAUCGAGUGGAAAGUCUACUUGGAUGGACUGAAGUACUUGGGCCAACAGAUUCAUGCCCGCAACCAAAAUGAAAUCAUUUUUGGGCUGAAUGAUGGCUACUAUGGUGCUCCAUCUGAACAUAAGGGUCAUUCAAAUGCACAGAAGAACAUUCUGCAGGUGGACCAGAACUGUGUUCGCAAUUCUUAUGAUGUCUUCUCUUUGCUGCGGCUUCAUAGAGCCCAGUGUGCAAUUAAACAGACUCAGGUAACUGUUCAGAGAAUUGGAAAGGAAAUUGAAGAAAAGCUAAGACUCACAUCGACAAGCAAUGAGCUGAAAAAAGAAAGUGAAUGUCUGCGAUUAAAGAUUUUGGUGCUUCAAAAUGAACUGGAAAGACAGAAGAAAGCCCUGGGCCGGGAGGUGGCCUUCCUGCAGAAGCAGCAAAUAGCUCUACAGGACAAAGGAAGCGCAUUUUCAACUGAGCAUGGCAAGCUUCAACUGCAGAAGGAAUCCCUGGGUGAGCUGAGGAAGGAGUGUACUGCAAAAAGAGAACUCUUCCUGAAGACGAAUGCUCAGCUGACAAUCCGCUGCAGGCAGUUGCUGUCCGAGCUCGCCUACAUUUACCCUAUUGAUUUGAAUGAGCAUAAGGAUUAUUUUGUAUGUGGUGUCAAGUUGCCCAAUUCUGAGGAUUUCCAAGCAAAAGAUGAUGGAAGCAUUGCUGUUGCCCUUGGCUACACUGCACAUUUGGUCUCCAUGAUUUCCUUUUUCCUACAAGUACCCCUCAGAUACCCCAUAAUUCAUAAGGGGUCCAGAUCCACAAUCAAAGAUAACAUCAAUGACAAGCUGACAGAAAAGGAGCGAGAGUUUCCACUGUAUCCAAAGGGAGGGGAGAAGCUGCAGUUUGAUUAUGGUGUCUACCUUCUGAACAAGAACAUCGCACAGCUGAGAUACCAGCAUGGCCUGGUGACUCCAGACCUGAGGCAAACCCUCCCUAACCUGAAAAACUUCAUGGAGCACGGACUGAUGGUCAGGUGCGACAGACAUCACAUCUCCAGUGCCAUCCCUGUUCCAAAGAGACAAAGCUCCAUGUUUGGGGGCGCAGAUGUAGGCUUCUCUGGGGGCAUAUCACCAGAUAAAGGACAUCGAAAACGGGCCAGCUCAGAGAACGAGAGACUCCAAUACAAAACCCCUCCUCCCAGCUACAGUUCAGCGCUGACACAGCCCGGGGUGGCCGUGCCCACCGUGGGAGACUCUGAGAGGAAGGUCACCCCACUGUCGUCCUCCUUGGACACCUCCCUGGACCUCUCCAAAGAAAACAAGAAAACAGGAGUAGACCUGGCCAGCAGCGUAAGUGGAGACCAUGGAAAUGCGGACUCCAGCCGAGAACAAGGCCACCUGGCUGCCGUGAAUGGCACUGCCCUGCCCGGCGAGCAGGCUGGCCCUGCCAGCGCCCUGCUGCCGGGCCAGUGCCACCCAGCCCCCUCGGCUGCGCUGUGCUGUGCAGUGGAGCAAGCAGAAGAAGUCAUCGGGCUGGAAGCGACGGGCUUCACGUCGGGCGACCAGCUGGAAGCACUCAGCUGCAUCCCGGUGGACAGCGCGGUGGCGGUAGAGUGUGAUGAACAAGUGCUGGGAGAGUUUGAGGAGUUCUCUCGGAGGAUCUAUGCCCUCAAUGAAAACGUGUCCAGCUUCCGCCGGCCGCGCAGGAGUUCCGACAAGUGAGGAGAACAGCCGGACAGGAGGCCCAGGGCAGAGCCACUGCCCUGGGCCAGACCCAAGCUGCACUUAACCUUUUUAAUAAUUCCAACACAAAUGAGUUUCGGUGGAGGAGAUUCCUCAGAAAGGCUGACUUUGGGAACAGAGGGGACUCAGGGUCAUUGGGUACCAUGGGGCCAGUCAGUGAGGUUCGCUUUCCAGGCCUGGCUGUUUCCAGGCAAAGGUCACCCUCUUGCUUACAGCUCGAGUCAUCUUAUAGGCAUUUGUCUGUGCUAUAUUUACACUUCUGUGUUCUCCUCAGAGGGAAGAUGAUAAUAUAUAUGUAAUAGAACGAACUCACCUUUAGUUUCUCAUAAGAAUUUGCCCUCGCCAUCUUUUGUAAAACUGCAAAAUGAAAUAUUCAAAAAUAGCUUUCCACCGCUGGGAGACCUGUGCCGGAGUGUUAGGUUGAUGAGUGAGAGACAGAGUGGUGGUCUCUGCUCCGGGCCCCGGUCCCGAGCACCACGGUCAGCCCACAGACCCCGCUGCUGUCCUGCUUUCUCACGAUGGACCGGGCAUCCUGAGAGCCGGGGUGGUAGAGUCACUGGUCUAAAACCAGCGAAAAUGAUGUUGUCUCGUCUAGUGUGCCAUACCCUGAUGGAAAACUGUCCCGUGGUGGAUCCCAGGGGACCCUCAGAAACCUCAGCCACCACAGUCAGAUGGCAGCCAGCUUCCUUUGGGGCCAAAGUUUUUAUGUGGGCAGACGCCGUGGUCCAAAAUCGGGCACACCUCUGGCAAUACACUCCCCAGAUAAAGACCCACUAGCUACAAAUCCCGUGAACUCACUCCGUUUCAGUCAGAAGGAAGCCGUUAUAUAUGACAGAGUGAGCGUAGAGAAGCAUGUGCAAGGCAGUUGAGAUAGCUGGAGUAAGAGAGUAGAUGGAGCACAGACAAUGUGCAUUUCAGUGUUAAAUUAUGUUUUUGAAGUCCAUUGUCACUCUGCAUUCAGAUUUCAUUUGCUGUCGCAUUACACAUUAUGUACCCACAGACACUGCCUCAGGGUUGCAAGCUCUUAAAGAAAAUUUAUUCGCAUAUCCAUGUAUUGUAUAGAAGAAUAAAAAUUGAAUUUACUUCACUUGA